AAAUAAAUGAAUGUGAGAAUGUUUCGCUUUUAUUUGAUUAACCUUCUGAUUUCCUAUCUUCUUGUGUGUUUUCGUGUUUGUUAGCUUUCAAUUCUUGCUGAAACCAGACGUAAAGCGUGCACCUUUGCGCAGAGACCAGUUCAAUGCUGAGAGGAUCCACUGGGUGCACAAAGGCAGCCACUCGCAGAGGAACUUGUUCAGAGUGGACCGGGGACGCUGCGAGGCGAGAUAAACAGUCUCCGGACUCGUGGCUACGAUCGUACGGCUUUGCCCUUCAAACAAACGAUUGAAACAUCUACCCAACAAAUACAAGGUGUGUUAAGGUGAGCUGGUAGUGUACUGCUCUUAGCACCAUGGUGAGGUCUCAUAAAUUUCCUGGGAGGAAGAGCUGUCCCUCUGUCCUCCGCAGACAGAGUGACAGUGACCUGAUGGACAUGGAGACAGAUGUGACAGAGCCCCCCCACACUCCGUCACAGCCCACAGAGAGCCCCCUGCCCCUGGACCAACCUCAGCAUCCGAACCCAGCUCCUCCUCUUCCUCCUCCGCCCCCCUUCUCUGAGCCUGGAUCAGACUCAUAUGAACCACAGGAUGGGCCAGAUGAUGGGAGCUCUCUGUCCAACACAAAGUGGAGGCCCAUUCCUCCCCUUUUGCCUGAACAAGACCCUCAGAGCGGAGCAGACUGUGACACCAGGGACCAGUGCUGCCAGACCGAGGAGCAGCUUCACUACACAGGUCACUGUGUGGAGCCUGGAGACCCUCCUCUGUUGCAGCAGCCUCUGCAUACCUCCAAAUCAGGAAUACAACAAAUCAUUGAAUGUUUUCGAUCAGGCACGAGCCAGCUGAAGAACAUGCUGCUGAAGGAGGUGGACACCAUCUUUGAAUGUAAACUUUGCCGCAGUUUGUUCCGAGGCCUGCCUAACCUCAUCACUCACAAAGAAUACUACUGCUUAUCCCGCCUGCCCGAACCUGACGGUGGAGAUGGGGACAAACAGACCAUAGGCAUGAAGGACCUGAUGGAGGCCAUCUACCCCCGAGCUGACCGCCCAGACUUUGUGGUUCGACUGGAGCCCAUUCAGACCACCAAUAAGGCAAUGUUUCAGUACCUGUCUACAGAGGAGGAAAUGGCCCAGUAUCCCUCUGCUACUCCCAGUGCCAGAGAGAGUCCAGUAGCGUGGGAGGGACAGUCCACGGAGAAUGUGGACAAUAACCAGCCGAGUCAACCUGUUGAGACAGAGAGUCAGAAGAGCCCGAGUCCUCCCCCUGUGGAGGAGGAGAAGCCCCCCGAGGAGCCCCCUGUACCUCCCCAGGCUGAAGACGAGGACUCCAACAGUGGGGUGGAGGACGUGACGAUCUCCUGCUGUCUGUGUGGUCAGGACUUUAACUCUCGCCGCAGCAUCAGGCGUCACUGUCGAAAAAUGCACAAGACUAAACUGGAGGAGCUCCGAAAGUUCACUGAAACACGCACUGUUCCUACGAGCCUCCUUUCCAUGGUCAAAGGUCGGCAACGGACUGCCUGCACACCCACUGGGAAGUCGUGUCCAGUUUGCUUGAAAAGUUUUGCGACUAAAGCCAAUGUGAGGCGGCAUUUUGAUGAGGUGCACCGCGGACUGCGCAGAGACAACAUUGCUCCCAACAUGGCCACCAAACCCGAUCAGCCAUUUGUUCUGGACGAUACAGCCCCUCGCCGCAGUAACACAUCGUCUCCUGCCAAAGCUGUGAGUUCCAAACCUCCUGCUCAAAGCCAGCUCAAACCGCAGAGCAGUAGCAGCAGCAGCAGCAGCAGCAGCAGCCUCAUGCCCUGCCGCUGCUCCCUGUGCAAGAGGACCUACAGUUCACAGCUGAUGUUAAAGAGACACAUGCGAAUUGUCCACAAGAUUUACAGCUCGAAGAAUAGAACCAACGUAUCCUCAGUACCUGUCCCUCAAACGACACUCCCUCCUAUCUCCAACCUCAGUUUGGAGACUUGUAAGGUAAAGUUGAAAGAGGAAGGAAUUGAGCACUCUGAUGAGGAAGAGGAGAGAGUGCAGGAAGAGGAGAAAGUGCAGGAAGAGGAGAGGGGGCAGGAAGAGGAGGAGGAGGAGGAAGAGGAGGAGGAAGAAGAAGAAGAAGAAGAAGAAGAAGUGGACAUUGACAGUAGUCCUGCCCCAUCCCCAAGCGGCAGCACAGAAACUUCAAAAAACACUGAAAAAAAUACCACUAAGGUGAAGGAAGAUGAGAGCCCUCCAAGCCAGAAGACUACAACAUUGUCCAUUCCUCCCUUAUCCAAAAACAAGGCACUCUCUGUUGGUUUUGACUUCAAGCAACUUUUCUGCAAACUCUGCAAGAGACAGUUCAGCUCUCGGCAGAACCUGUCCAAGCACAUUGAGCUGCACACGGACGGAACAGAGAUCUUCAUUAAAUUUUACCGCUGUCCUCUCUGCAGCUACGAGUCACGCCGCAAACGGGACGUGCUCCGGCAUGUUACCGUGGUGCAUAAGAAGUCAUCGUCCUACAUUGCCAAGAUCAUGCCCAAACUAGAGAGUCGCGCAGUCAAGAGACAGGCCGAGGCGGUGCUUACCAGUAAUAACACUCCUAACAAGAGGGCCACCAUCAAAGAGGAGGUGAACGGCCGCCAUUGUACAUCGCCCUCUCCUCUGUCCCCUUCCUCUGCCUUUCACUCCACUCCUCGCAAACAGCAGGAGCCCUCAGCUGGGAGUAAAUACCAGCCACGGCCCGCCAGCCCCCCCAUGACACGACACUCACACCAGCGCUCUUCCACCACCUCCCCCGGCACCCAGACCUCACCCUCGCGCCGCCAGGACACCCAGUACGAGAGCAGCAGCCCAGGGUCUACCGAGGUCCGGGUCACCAAGAAUUUCUCCCUCCACGCCUGUGAUCAGUGUGGUCGAGCAUUUGCCAAGAAGUUCUUCCUGGAGUCACACAAAAGAAGCCAUCGAAACCCAGCUUCUCCAGAGCCCGGUCGGAGGAGAGGAGUCAGCACUCGCUCAAGGGCCUUGGUCUGGUAAAGCUGAAACAGGCCCCAGGGAAUAAUGAAUACGAAAUCAACAGUGUGGUUUUGAAAGAAAAUGCACAAAUGGAGCACAUGGGGGAUCAGAAGAUGAACAAAAGAAACUAAAAUUGAAUAUCACAAUGACACUCAAACCAUUUGAACCCCAGGAACCAAAUACACUGGACUGACAUUUUUACAAAUCCUCCUAUGAUGCUGCUGCCCAGGUGAAAUGCACAAUCUGUCCAUAAGGAGGUGCUGCUAUACACGGAGAGAGUGGCCCGAUGGUGGAGUUUCUGUAUAUAUUCUGUGUUCCUUCCUAGACUUUGUAAAUGUAGAUCUAUAUACAAAUCACCAUUAGUGAGUGGAUGAAGAGACUGAAUGUGAAAAAAAUGUGAAGGAGGGUUUGUUUUUUUAUCGAUGAUUUCAGACCAGUGCAAGCAUCAAAUAUUUCAUUUAUUGUAGCACACUGAAUUCUAACAAAAUGGCUGCUCAGUUGGUACUUUUUCAUUCCCCACUUUACUCUGCUUUUGUCUUGGUCGUUUUUCUCACUGGUGAAAGAGCUAUCAGUGUCUUACCUAAAAGAAGCCAUACCAAAAAUAUCACUAUGCUCCUGCCUUACCUAUAGUCACUUACAGUACCUGCCUUACAGUAGACGUACCCUUUCUCAUCAAAUGGUAGCAAGACCAGACUAUUGUCGAUAUAAGGGAUUGACCAAUAUUUGGUUUGUUUUAUUUAUUGUUUAUUCAUAUUUUUUUUUUACAAUUUUGUAUGCAAAUGAUUUCAAAAUAGCUUGGUUGUUUAAGUUUUGUACCUUAACUGGAAAUGGUCAUAUUCCUUAUGUUGACCAUAGCUAACAGCUCUAUCCUGCAGCCUAUAGACCUUAACAGGACAGACCUGGCUGGGAUAAUUUGGUUAGACAUGAGUUAAAAAGAGCAUCCGUGAGAUAUAAUUUACAAAGAAAAGGGUUAUGAACUCAAAUAAGGCAAAGGGAGACUGACAACAACUGUAAUGAUUAUAACAUUUCAUUCAGUGUGAUCUCAAUUGUCCUUGAGUCUUUGAUGGAUGAAUUCAAUAUUGUUAUGUUAUUACUUAUUACUAUUACAUAUUACUUCAACAGGCAAAAUACUCAAUCUAUCGAACUGAUACCAUCACUGUCAAAUACAGUCAUUUGUUGUAAAAUGCAACAAUCUCAUUUACUACCGGAAAUAGAAUAUACAUAUUUGUGUGUAGAUUUCAGGCUAGCUUUUUUUUUUUUUGUUUAGAUUAUUUAGCUUAUUUUGGAGUUUCUUUCAACACUUCACGCUAUUGAGUAAAUCUGACGUAUGUUCAAUUUAAAUUAAGUUGGGUCAGGCAACUUUUGGUUAGUUGAAAAUUGUAAAAAUCUCCUUUUUAGGUGUAAUUUCAGUUAACCUUCAUCAUUCACUGGACCAAAAAUAUUUUAGAGACAAAAAAAUACCCUUUUUUUCCCCCUAAAUGUGGUCUUAAUAGUCAGGGGACCACUAUUUACCAUAUGUGUUAAAUACGGCAACAACAGCUACACAGUAAAAGGUUGCAUAUAAUGUGAAAGAAGAUAGUGUGGAGGAGAGUGACCAAAUGUAGAUACAUGUCUUAUGAAAUGGAAAGCCAUGAAAUGGGACAAGAGCUGAAAAGACCAAACUUUAUUUUUCUAUUUGACGGUCUCUAACUUGUAUAUAAUAGUGAGAAUAGUUGUUGGCAGUAUGUUUAAGUUGGUUGAGGAUAAAUACUUGGAAACAUUUCUGACUAGUUCUGUUAACAUUGAGAUGACUUUGUGUUUUGGUCAGUUCACCAUUUUGUAUUUAGUGCUUUGUUAUAACUAUCGAAAGAGACACUUUUUGUUUAAGUAGGGACAACCUGACCACAUUAUUGAGUUGUUUUGUAACCUGUUGCUUUCCUUACUUCUUGUGAUCUGUUAUAUAGCUCAUCUAACCCUGAAGAGCCUUUCCGAUGUGACACGAAUGUUACCAACAACCACUUAAGAAAUAAACUGUACUUCUGCAGA